CCGUGAAAAACAUCGUAUAAUUAAUUAAAAUAAAAGCGUCGAGCAAAAAAACAAAAUAUUCUUGUGUACACGAUUCUGCGCGUCUUCGUUUACACGUAGUCAAUAUUAUAUUUUAUGUUUUACAGAUAAAACAAAUCGUUUGCCGUGGUGUUUAGACGUUUAGGCGAUUUUUUUUUUCUUUCCGUUUUCUUUAAUAAUUCAAUAUAGACGGUUCUCCGUCUUUACUUUUCAAUAAUCCCGUUCGGCCGACGACAGCGACACGGUCGUAGACUACAGUCGCCGCCGUGCCGACACCGCAGCAGCAGUAGCUAUACGCGUAUUGCUGCAGCCGUAAAAUAUUUUUCAUUGUGAACGAUUUUUUUUAGAGUUUUAUGUGAUAUUAUUGUAAGAAAAACGAAAAAAGGUCGGGAAUAAAAAUAAAAAUUUAAAUUUAUUUACGAUUGCUCUCUUAUAUUUGUGUUAAUUAACCGUGCAGUUAUUUUUUGACUACGAGUUUUAAUUAUCUCCUCUCGUAGUGGGGGGGACAUCGGAAUGUUGUAGCAAUAUGGCGGCGGCCAUGAUAAUGGCACACUCGACAACGUAGACUCUUUGUUUUCGUUUCUGAUAUUAUUUUUUGAUUGUUUUUCACCGUCCCGAGAAGUUUACAUCUGUCGUCCUUUGCUUGUUCAAGCGUGUGCUAGUUUCUCCCAGAAAAUUCACGGAUUUGCGUUAGUUCUAAAUGUGUGAAAAGUGUCUCGAUUUCUACGUGCAACUAAUAGCGAAGGUUGGUGGUUGUGUGCACGGUACACUGUCGCCAGGACAAGACGACGGGAAAACAAUGAUACGCUACCGGUUCUGAGGUUAGUUUAAAAUUUAUUUUAAGUAUUCUUUUUUUUUUUUUUGGUUAACUUUAGUUUCGCAUACGGAUACUAUGUUAGUGCACUAAAAAGCACUAAAAAUUUCUGUAAUUUGUCGGUCAUCGAAUCGAUGUGUCCAUUUCACACUGGUACUUAAGUUCAAUGUUUGAUUUUACCAUACCGGUAAUAUUAAUAAACUAUCUGCAUACGUUUUAAUAUAAGUACUGUCUUUAUGACUAAUCAAAGUUCAUCGUCAGGGAGACCUAGUGAUUAGGUUAGAGGAGAAAUAGGGCAAACAAUUGGUGUCUGGUGGAUUGUGAUAUAUUUACUUAUAUGUCUGUACAGAUCUUUAAUAUUAAUGGACAAUAUUCAAAUAUUAGUUUGUUAUUUAUAUAACAUUAAAUACUAGUAAGUAAAAAAUCCAAAUUUAUAAUUUUUACCUUAAGAAAGAAAUUACAUUAAUAUUAGAUAAUGUUCUUAGUUAUAUAGGUGUUACUAUUAAUGUGGUUUAGUAUAUACAACACUUAAUUCGUUGUCAAUCUUUCCUAUUUAAGAUUAUCAGUUAUUUAAUUAAUAAUAUUUUGUCUAUUUCCUACACUUGAUAUUAUUCAAUCAUAUUAUGUUACCUAAUAAUAUAAUUAAUAUUAUAAGAGCAUUUUCGAGUAUUUUGUUAUAGUCUAGUUUUAUGUUUUGUUAUAUAGUUGUAUAUUAUGUGGUUGCAUGUUAAUAUGACUGCUAUUAAAACAAUUAUGUCAUUAAAAUAUUUGUUAAUUUGGUAGAUAGUUAAGUUAAAAUAAGUAAAGUAAAAUAUCUUAAUAUAGUAUCUAUACAAAUUGUAUAGCAAUGGCAAUUAUUAUAAAAUCUAAAACUCAAUCACGGAUUAUUGGUCAAAAGAGGCGCACUGAAAAUUGAAUGAAAUAUUUGACAUUUUUUGAUACUUUGACUUUUUUUAUACUCCAAGAGCUAGUUUUAUGAGGUUUAUCAAAAAACUUAUUACCUAAUACAUUUGCCAAGCAUUAAAUUAAAUAGAUACCUAACUAUACAAUUUACAAAUAAUACAUUUAAUUUAAUUCAAUUUAAUACAUUUUCAUAUCUUAUAAUAAAUUAUUCUUAUGUUUAACUGGAAGUAGAGCAAAUUAAACAUUAGACUGUUUUUUGUCAUUUUUAAUUGUGCAAAAAUAUACAAUUAAUAUUCAAUAGCAAUUAUAGGAGAAAAUAGUCUGGGUCAUGGUUUCAUGACAUAAGUGGUUCAGACUUAAGUUUUGCCUAUUACAUAUGGGUAUAGUUGAUAAUAUCACCUAUAACCUAUAUUAUAUUAUUUUAAUGUUGUUUUAUAAUAUACCUUUAAAUAUAAAUAAGUUCCUUGUACAAUUUUUAUUUAUGUUUCAGUUCUCUAUUUUCAACUACAGAUCAGGGUAUUUUUCAUUUUAUUAAGUAACUAUAGUUACUUGAGUAUCGACAAUGUGAUUUUUACAUUAAGUCAAUCUAUGUCCCAAAGCAUAUCGUGUAACAUAAAUACGAUGUGUGCGAGUGCGUAGUCUGUGAGUCCUCGGCCCCCAGUUAGCCAUGGGCCGCCCGAGGAAGCCGACGCCAGUAUGAACUCUGCGGCGCCUGCGUCGGGCAAACCAUCUACCCGAUCAUCGUCGUCGGGCUACCGCCAGAAGGCAUUAGCUGAAAUCCGCAACUCAUUAUUGCCCUUCGCAAAUAUUGGUGGCUGCGACAGCAGCGCGGCCAGCUGCGUGUCGAGCAUCUCAAGUGCUUCAGGAUCGGCCACAUCAGGUAUUGGAUCUGUGUCUGGUCUCAGUUCGCUUUCAAACAAUUGUGUUGAUAAAGAACUUAACGCUUUACGACAGACACUCACUCAAUUAAUCGCGAUGGGGUAUACUGAGGUAAGAAUAAUUUAUAUUAUUAAUUUAAUUUUUAACGCGUUAUUUUAUCUAUUUUGUUAUUAAAACUUAGUUGAAAUAUGUUAAAAUUGUAUUUAUUGAAGAUAGCUACUAAAAUAAGAUACUUUUAUCUUAAAAAUAUUUUUUAUUAAGUAAUUAUAUAGCUAUACACAUAAAUGUGUUUGAAUACUUAAAUUAUAGAUGUAUAUUAAAUAUAUCAUUGCAUAUCUAUAUAUAAAUACUUAAGUGUUAUCAUAAAUAUGAACUUAUUUUUAUUUGGGGGAAGCCGUGGCACGAUCGUAAAUGUUGACUAGUUCGGCACGACCGAUCACGGUUUGAAUUUUAGUAAUAUCUCAAGCAAAUGUUGUAAAGGUUUAGCUGUUUAUAUUCGAAGUGAUAUUCCUUUAGGUAAAUCUCAUCUCCUAUAAGAUUUAAACAUGUAUCUAAAUAAAUAGCUUUGAUUAAAUUCUGAAUAUAAUUUAUUUUAAUAAUAUUUAUACAUUUAAAAAGUUGACUUCUUUUUAUUACCUACUGGUUAUUAUUUAGUGUUCAUUCAGUUUAUUGUAAAAUUAUAUUUACAUAUAUAUGGUACCCAUUGUGAUAUGUUAAGAAGUAUCUAACUAAGUAACUUUUUUGAAAUGUAUAUUAUUUUAUUUUACCCUUAUUUUUCGUGGGUGAAGUGAUUACCUACUUUUGAUUUUAAAAUGGUAAUUUAUAUUAAAAAUUCAAUAUGUGGAUGAAGUAAUUAAUUUAAAUACAUUUUGAGGAGAGUAGUGGAUAUUAUAUACGUCACACACCAUGUCAUCAUACAAAUAAUGCUUCAAAACUCUACCUCUACCAAAAUGUAUUAAAGUAGAAUAUUUUUAUUUUUACAAAUUGACAAAUCAACAUUUUUCAACACCAUAAUGUAUUUAACCUAACAUUAUUCAUUAAAUUAUAUUAAAUAAUAUUCAUUUAAUUUUUAAUAUAGUUUGCCUUUUGAAAAUCAAAAGUAGGUGACCCCCAAAAAUAAUAUGACAAAUAAUUGACAAUAAAUAAUAAAAAUGUAAUAUUUAAAUGUUGCAUUUUUCUUAAAUUGUCAAAAAAAGUUAUUAUUUUCCGAAAUAUUGCAAUGGGUAUAUUUUCAUGGAACACUCAAUAUAUAUAUAUACUUUGUUUAAAAUUAAAAUGCAUCAGGUUUUGCUAAUCGCAUCUGACAGUUGUAGAAACUCUUAGCCUGAUUUUUCCUCAACUAUGCAGUCACUAACGGACUGGUUACUAUAGCAAAUGCGCAGAAAAUAACAAAAACUGGUCGGCAGCCGGUGUAUUCUAGUUUGAGACAGAGUAUAUGUAUAUAUAUUUAUAAUAAAUUUGAAAAUAAAUCUAUACAGUAAAUGUUUUGAUAAUAUAACUAGAGUCUUUAUUGCAAACAUCCUAAACUUUUAAAUGGCAUAAAGUAGGUAGUUAUAAUAUAAUAUUCAAGAUAUUACAACAUAGGUAGUACAAGAAAUAUUUUAUAAAUUUUUAUAUUAUUAAUAGAAUGAGGAUUUUAAAACAGUAGCUAUUUAUUUAUUUAUGAUUUAAACAUUUUUUUUUUGUACAUUUUCUGAACCUAAGCCAGUUAAACAUUUUUGCAUAUAAUAUUUAGAAACCUUUUCAUUUAGAUUUAUUCUAUUAAUUUUGUUGGACACUAACAAUUUAGUUAUAAUAUGAAUGUAUGAAUAUGGAAUAAACUGUUUUAAAUGAUUGCAUAUAUUCCCAUGGUAUUAUAUUAUCGAGCAAACACAUUUAAAAUGUUUCCUUAAUUUAUUUUAAAGUAAACAACAUAAUAUGUGUAGAAUACUUUUUAGAUGUCAUUUUUAUGUUUUAUUUAUAAAUAGUUACAAUUAUUAUUAAAAUAUACCUUAGUUUUUUUUUACGAACAUAUAUUAUAUAUGUGUUAUUUGUAUAAUCAUACAUAUUAUGUUUUGACAAAGUGUCCUACAAAAAUGUCCUUAUUAAAAAUAGUGAAACAAUGGAUUAGCUAAAUUUUGUAGGACAGUAUUCUUAGGUCCUUUGUUGGCUCUUAAGAAAAUAUUAUUGUAAUAAUAGACUAUCUGUUAUAUACAUAGAAAGACAACAUAGCAAUUCACAAUUGUAAUUAAUCAACCAGAGUAUAAAACAUUUUAAAUGUUAUACCUAGUUUACAUUCAGCCAACUUCCGUGGCAGUGAGCAGGGAAGUGAGCAUAAAAAUGGGCAGCGCGAGUAUGUAAACACGUCACUCGCGCUGAUCAUGCUCCUCGCACUAACGCUGCCCGACGUUCCCGUCAAGAGCGGUAAACUGAGCAGCGCGAGCAACAGCAUAACUGGUAAUGCGGAUCAAUCCGGCAAUUGCUGCUCGUGCUGCUAUAAUUAGUAGGGCAAUGUAAACACUCACUACCGUCGACGCUGUCACAGAAGUAUUUUGAGGAGUAAAUAUGGCAGUGCAAGUAGCAAUGGCAGCGGCUGAUUGUAAAUUAGGUAUUAGAAACAAAACAAAAAUUAUUAAAAAAGUGUUAAGAUUUUUUAUGUAGUAAAACUAUAUCAGUUAAAAAUAAAAUUGUUCUUUAUAAUUUGUAUUUUACAUACAUAAAUUCAUAAAAGAUAUAAAAACAAAUUUCUUCUAAACUGAAAUUACUUACAAUACAUGUAAAUAUAUAUAAAUGUUAAACUAUAAAUAACUUAACCAUAGGUACAUUAAAUGCAAUAGAAAUAAAUAUGUUGUGUGAUAGUGAUAGGUUAUCCUUAUAUUAGUUUAAAAUUAUGUACUAUAUAUGGUUUUAGAAUAAAGUAUAUUAUAUUGGCAAAAUUUUGACAAUUUUUAUAUUUUUAUUAUACAUUUUUGGGUGAUUCCUGAAUUAUAAAAAACUAAUAAUAUUUUUGAAGAUUUAAAUGGAUAAAUUAUGAUAGGUAAAGAGGGUUUGUGUAUUUAAUUAUUAUUGUUGUACAAAUUUGUAAUAAUGUUUAUCUAUAUGUCAUUCUAUUUCUGUCUUAGGUUAGAUAUCAUUCAAAUUAAUAAUUUAAUGUUAUCUAAUAUAUAUAUAUAAAUGAAGUAGGUAGUAGAAAUGAGAAUGUUUUGUUGGAUAUGUGAUUUGACUAGGUUAGAUAGUGCCAAAGAAAACAAUUAGCUACAGAUUAUUAGAGGAGAUCUGAGAGUGAUAGGGGUUAAGUAAAUGAAGAAAUGAAGAUGAACUGAACUGUUAUGGGAAACAAAGACAGAAAAAUUGUGUAGUUGAGUAUUAGAUUCACUAGAUUAACAUUUCAUAGAGUAUACCAACAAUUCAUUUAAGAAACAUUUCUAAAAAUGUACAAUUAAAAUUAUAGGUUGCUUUUCGAUUUUCAAUGUUAAUACUUAUCAGUUUGCCACAUAUUAUGCUAUUAUGUUAAAAUAAGUUAAUUUUGAAAAAAAUCACAGAAAGGUAAGGGUUAUCAGAAGUAUUUCUGAUAUACAACUAUAAUGAAAAUACUAUAUAUAAUAAGUAUUUACUAUUUGUUUAUAACACGUUAUCAUAAGAUAUUAAACAAAUUUAGUGGGUGUUAGUGUUUAUUAUUAAAAAUGUUGUUUAUAUAAAUUUAUUAGUUCAAAUUGUUUUAGAAAAAAGGUUUUGGUGUAUUUGUUCUGUGAUGUGAGUAGAUUUAUGACAAAAAAUUGUAAAAUAACUGACCCAGGGUCAAUAAAAGUUAAAAUUGUUUCUGUUUGUACAGUAUUUAAUAAUUUAUUGGAAUAACUUAACUAUUGAGGGAUAAUUAUAAUACUAAAUUAUUUUUUUUCGAAUACUUAAACACUUGUAGUUUAUUGUGUUUUAUCUCGCUUCCUAUAAAUAAACAAAUAAAUAAUCCGAUAAUUCUAAAAAUAUAAUUUGAAAUAUCAAUAGACCUACUUAAAACAAUUAUUAUUUAUUAUGCGCGUAUUAUUAAUUGUCCGAUUUUUAAAAAUAAAAAAUAAUUGUUUGUCAUGCUUAUUUUAUUAAUGAUAUACCUAGGUAUUUUUUUUUAAAUUUUUUUUAGGUCAGAUAAAGUAGAUCAUUUAUAAAUUCAUUUCUAUAAGUACUGUACUGUUGAUUUUGUUGCAUACAAAUUGUUAAUAAUUCUAUAAAUCUAUGAUGGUUAAAAAAAUAUUAAUUUAUAUGUACAUGUACAAAUUAAAAUAUGGUAAUUAUUUUUUUAGUUGGGUAGCCCUACUUGUUAAAUCAAUAUGAUUUUAUUAUCAAAUAAUAUUUAUUUUCAAAAUAUUUAAUUAAACACCUAGUAGAUAUAAUGAAAUAGGUAGGUUUAUUUAUUCAAUUUUUCGUAUUUAUAAAUAUUUACUAUAAUAAUUAUUAAUAUUGUCUAUUAUUUUACAUUAUGCUAUUAAACUGUAUUAAUAUCACCAUUAAAAAAAGUACCUACUUAAUGAAAAAAUAUGAAUUUAAAAUCUAAUUGUUAGAAGAAUGUGUCUUUGAAAUAACUUUGUAAAGAAUAUAUUGUUUCCUGUGCAUUUUAUAGAAUAAUUUUUGUAUAAAUUAAACUAAUUCAAAUUCUUAUUUUAAUUAUAACAUUAAAUAUCUAUUGGGUUUUAUACUUUAUUUUAGUAAUCACAGAUGCAUAAAUGCAUGCAAGAAUGCAAAAUCCCAUGAAAAGUUGGCCUUAUCCUAUGCCUAUGGGUCUUUAAACAAAAUAAAAACGCAUUUUAAAUUACAUUCAUAGGUACUGAAUAUCUUCCCAAUUAUAUCAUGUCAGUGGUGUGUAUAUAAUUAUUAUCUCACCUAUAUAAUUGAUUUUAAUAACUUUAACGUUGUUAAUGUAAUUAGUCUGAAUGUUCUGAAUUUACUAUUCUGUUUGCCAUUUACUUACAAGUUUAACUAUGAUAAUAUUGUACACUAUUCUACCAGGUAAUCCAUUUAAGUGGGUACACUCAUUAUCUCAGAAAGUAUUAACUUUUUUGGAAUUUAUUUUCUGGUACAUUUAAAAAACAAGCAACUCUACAAUUUGAUUUUUUAUUAUUUUCUUGUUACCUACUUUUGAUUUUUAAAUGGCAUUCUAUAUAAAAAAUUUCAUAAAUGGAUGGAGUAAUAGUUAGAAUAAAUUUUAGUGUUGAAAUUUUUGAUGUAUGUCGGUCUGUUGACAAGAUAUUCCACUUUUAAGUAUGGGUUGGAGGAGAGUAUUGGAGUAUCAUUUGUGUGACGGUGCGGUGUGUGGCUUGUUAAUAAUGCACCACUACUCUACUCCAACCCAAAUUUAAAAGUGGAGUAUCUCGUCAACGGUUUGACAGAAAUCAAGAAUUCCAACACAAACAUUUUUUUUUUAACUAAUACUCCAUCUAUUUAUUAAAUUUUUAAUAUAGGGUGUCAUUUGAAAAUCAAAAAUAGGUAGUGUCUUUACCCCCAAAAAUAAGGAUGGCAAAAAAUAAUAUUGUAGAGCUGCUUGUUUCUUAAAUGUUUUAAAAAACAAACAACAAAAAAAGUUAAUACUUUUUGAGAUAAUGAGUGUACCCACUUAAAUGAAUCACCUGGUAUAUAUAAUUAAUAUCCUGCAUUUUGUAUAUUUUGUAUAAUAUAAUAUUAUACAAAAUAUACAAUAAUAUGAAUUCAUUUUAUAAUGCACAAUUAUUAUAUAAAUUAUAUGACAUUUUGCCAUUAAUGCAUCAAUUAUAUACAUAAUUCUUUAUAUACACACUAAGAAAUUUAUUUAUUAAAUAGUUAUUAUAAAACAAUUACAGUUCUCUGUUAGCUAUUUACUUGUUUAUAUACUCAAAUAUUAUUAUAAAGUAUCAAAAAAUUUAUCUGAAUUUAAUAGGUAUAAGUAUACCAACAUAGUAUCAAAUCGAACAAAAUUAUUUAUUUUGUAAAUUGAAUUUGUCUGAUAUUUUGUUUUAUUAAGGUGUUUUAAAGCAAUGUUCAAUCAAAUAAUGUUACAAUAUUGGAUUUUUUUAGUAUGAACUUCAAAAUUGUUUUAUCAAUUUUGAAUGGUUUUAUUAAAGGUGCCUAUUUUUAAAGAAGUAUUAAGAAAUAAAUUAUAAAAAUCUAUAGUAGUUAUUAUAAUCUUUAAUUUGACACAAACAAAUAAACUAUGCACUUUAUGAAACUGUAAAUGGAUGAAUGAUUAAAAUAAACAGGUUUUUGUAAAAAAAGUGGAAACCAUUUUGCUUAUAGUUCUGGUUUUUUAUGUGUUGAAGAACCAUGGUAAGAUAAUUAAGAUUUAUGCUCCCAUGAGUUUGUACUUCAUGGAAGUUAUACUGUAAUAGUAUGUUAUACUUGUAGAUAUGGGGAUUGAUUAAGUGAGAAGGAUGGUAAAAACCGGUAUAUGUAAUUGUUGAGUAUUAUCGACAUGUUUUUUUGAGAUUAAUUGCAUGCAAUUAUUAAGAUAUAUUUAUCCAUAUAUGCAAACUUGACUAUUUGGGUAUGCUUGUGUCUAUUCUAUGUUUGGCUAUUAGUUACUGGAGAGGAAAUUAAAUUUUGCUUAUAAGUUGUUACGUGACAUGUUAUGUUAAAAUAAUAUGAAUGAAAAUGUUAUUGAUUAAAAUUAAAAUUAUUUUCUAGAUCAAGUAGAGUAGACUAUAGAGAAACUAACCUAAUAUUAUUAUGCUACUUUCACUAUAAACUUAAUUAUGUUUAUUAAAAUUCAUAUUUAAUCCGAUAAUCACAAUUCUGGAUGGAUCACAAGAUGGAUCAAAAUUAUUAUUUUCUUCUAAUUUUUAAUGAUAGGUACCAAGGGUACCUAUAUUAAUUGGAAAUCAUUUUAAUUUCAUUGUAUUAGACAUUUACCUCCUAAAUUUUGAAGUAGAAACAAGUAUGUUUCAUUUAUUGCAUUUAUUUAUUUUUUUAUUCAUGAAAUAUCCUCUCGUUUAUUACAAGAUUAUUAAUAUUAAUACUAUUACUAAUGAAUUUUGUUAAUUUCCUGCUGAAAUAUAAAUUAAAUUGUUAUUGGGUACCUACUAUCUUAUGUGAUUAUUAACCCUGCCAUUAAUUAACUAAUAUAUAUAUAUUACAAGUUGGAACUUUUUCUUUUUAAUAAAUAGCAUAUACUAGAUAUUAUAUUAUUUAAUUUUGAACUCGCCCAAAGAAAUGUCUUCUUGUUUCAAGUACCAGAUAUUAUUUGAUAAAAACACAUUAUCCUUCAUCUCAAAAUAUAUAAAGGUUAUUAGUUAUUCUAAAUUACAACUCUACUGUCCACAUAUAGCUACAUGUUUUUUUUUUUUUUUGUUUGUUUGAUAAAUUUAUGUAUUAAUUAUAUAUGAUUAAACUAUUUAAAAGAAGACACUACAAAUAGUUUUUUAUUUUAUUAGUUUCUUUUCUUUCAGUAGAUUCAUUAGAGAAUAUGACGAGAAUUUUACAUUAAUACCUAUAAUAUUUAUACAAAGUAAAUUACAGUUUUAAUAUUUUAAAUUUUCUAAAUAGUAAUGUUAUUUAGGAAAGAUGCUGAAGGGAACUGUCUCGAAAAAUAUUACUUAUAAUAAUCAUCUUAAAUAUCUAUUUGUUAUAAAUAAAUCAAUAAUUUACUAAUCACGAGUUAUAUUGUAUUCUGUCAUAAAAACAAAAUUGAGUUGGAAAAUUAGGAAAGUAGGAUUAAUAGAGUUAAUAUAUAGAGUUAAUAGAUUAAUAAAUUUAAUUUAUAAUUUGUAUGUAACAGUAAAUUAUUGAUAACGAAAAACUAUCAACAUUUUUUUCAACAUGUUUUCAAUGCUAUGAUUUUUAUAUAAAUUUAAAAACUUAUAAAAAAAAAAAAAAAUUGUUACAUAUUAAGGAAUUUUAAAUUUGUCUUGAAAAUUCAUAUUUUAAAAAAUAUGGCUCAAAUCAUGGCUGUAUAUAUAUAUAUAUUAUAUAACUAUGUAUAAUGUUGUAAAUGUAUAAAUUAAAAAAGAAAAUUAUCUUACCAUAUUAAUAAGCUACUAGGAGAUGUUGAGUAAAAUAAAACUUAAAUUAAAGUGAUAGGAUAUAACAUAAAACAAAUUUAGAUUUUCUACUAACAAGGGUUUUUAUAAUAUACGAGGGCUAAUCAAAAAGUAUCGAGACUGAUAAUAUUACUCGGAAACCGAGCGUUGAAGAGCAAAGCGAUUUGUAAACCUAGCUUCUAUGACUUAUACUGAGCACAUCUAUUCGUAUAAAAUCUUUAUAAACUUAUUCGUUUUGAUUUAACGAUAUUUUUCUAAAAUUUGUUUUUCACCUUUGGCGAUUUCGCAAUGAAUCCAAAAGAAGCGGAACUCGCUGCCACUCGAGGGCAUAUUUUCAGUUUUUCAAUUGAUAUUUAAUGGCAAAAACCAUGAAAUGUUGCAUCCCUCUGAAACUAGAAAAAAAUGCAGACAAAUUUUCUAAAAUCUCCAAAUCUGUCAAGUUACUAAGUCAUAGAAGCAAGUGAUACCAAUCCUACUGCUCUUCGAUGCUCCUUUUCUGAAUGACACUACCAGUCUUAAUACUUUUUGAUUAGCCCUCGUACAUAUAAUAUAUAAUGUAUCUCAUAUAUAAUAACCUAGAAAAUCAGAAUUUUGAAGUCUUAACAUUUGUUAAAACAACCCUGAAUAUACUCGACGUUUUUUUUCUAUUUUUAUUAAACUUGUGUUAAAUUGUUGAGCACUUUUGCUCUGUUAAAUAAUUUUAUUUUUCUCAUAAAUCAAAAUCAAAAAAUAAUAUGUGAAAUGCUGUGAUUUUUCCAAUUUGUUUAAAAAAAAAAAAAAAAACUGAAUUAUGCUCAACCCUUUUUUAUUUAUUAUUAUUAUAAUUAUAACUUACAAGGAAGCCUCAUGUUAAAUUGUGAGAAUUUUUGCUUAGUCAAAACAAUUUUAUCAACAUAUAACCAAAUAAAAAUCAACUUAAAUACAAUUUCAAAUGGCUAUACUCUUAUAAAUAGCUCAAUAUUUAUAAGAAUGUUAUGAAAUUUUUACCACAUCUAGGUUAAAUUAAAUAUUCUGUGAACAUUCAAGGUCUCUUCGAUAAUUAUUAAGAAAACUGCAAGGAAUAUCAAAAAACAUCUUCAACACACCUCCUACAUACAAUUUUCUACCAGACACCAUCCUUAAAGUUUGAUUGUCAGAGCAAUAGAUUUCUGGUAGAACGUUGUUAACAGAAGAAAAAACAAAUCACAGUAAAACAAAUAAAUUCAUUGCUUUAAUCAGAAAAUAUAAAAAAAAAUAGUUACAAAGAAAAGUAUUUUCAAUUUUUAUUAGUCGUGAAGUAAAGUCUAAUACCUACGUUAAUAAUCAAAUUUUAAAUAAUUUGAUUGUUCUCAUAUGUGCACUAAAAUAUUAGUGGUUGUGGUUAUAUAUUGUGUGUUCGUGUAGAAUAUUAUAUAUUUAUAUUUUUUAUUAUUUAAUAUUUACAAAUGGCAAUACCCAGAGGAUGAAAUUAAGUAACAAAAUGUAUACUUAUACCAUUAAAAGUUUUGACUAAAUCAAAUUAAACUGUUAAAAUACUGCAAUGUGUUUAUAUUUAAUAAGUUUGCUUUAUAUAAUUAAUAAAGGCUGUAACUAGAGGGUUCAGUAAUUUAGUCUUUAAAAUAUUUUCAAAAUGAAAAAAAUUAUAAAAAUUUUAUCAAAUUCAGUAAUCAAUAAAAUUUAUUAUCCCCCCUCCCUCACUAUUAUAGUAUUAAUUUUAAAGUUUUAUUUAUUUCCUUUUAUUUUAUUACUUGGAAAUAUUUAUUUUUUAACAUGAUAAAGUUACUUAUUACUAGGUUAUAAUUUUUAUGGUAAAUUCCCCACAUUAUCCACAUUCUCAAAUUGUAAAUACCUAAAGAACCAAAGUAAGAAAAAUUAAUUUUAGAAAUGAUUAAAUUUUUGUAAUUUAUACAAAUACAUGGGAUUUAGUUUUAAAAAUUGACAUUUGAUUUUAGUUAUUUAUAGUUUUUAAGUUAAACCAACCUAUAAUUAGAUAUAUCAGUUUUUGAAAAAUAGAUUAACCUUGUGAUUUAAUUAAAUAAAUAUUUUGAUAUACUUAACUUAAAAUUGUGUUUAAAUAUUAAGACAUAUUUUAUUAUAAGUAGGUAAAAAUCUGUUUCAAAUUAUAAUUUGUGUUUACUUAAUUUGGAAUGACAUCCUAAAUUUGUUAUAUUAUAGGACACUAUUUUAACUUUAAGUCUUAAGAUAUAUAUAUAACAUUACAUUAUAUUUUAAAAUUCCUUCAUAUAUUAUGAUACCUUUAAAUUUGCAAUGGUUUAAAUUUUCCUUAAAGUUUACAGAAAAAAAUUAAUUUUGUGCUCUACUAAGAAUGUUCUUUUGCGAUGUGAUAAUUUUCAAGUAUAAGUUUAAAAUUUUAACCGUCAUAUUAUGUACAGAUAAGUUAAGUAAAAAUGAUCACGGAAAAAUUACUACCUAUCUCCUAUCAGAUGUUAAGUGUAGCAAGAAAUUUAUUGGUUUUACUAUGUGUGCUUCUUUUUUUUCUCUUUUUGUACAACUUUUAUACCAAAAAUCUUGCUCCACAUUUUUUAAGAGUAUAUUCCUCUUAAAUAAAAUAGUAUCUAAUUGGUACCUUAUAAGGUAGGUUUUUGGUUUAAUUUGAUGUAAUUUUCUUGUUACGUUGGAUAAACCAAACCGAGACUUGUAUUGAAUACUUAUAUUACCCAUUUUCAGACAUGUUAAAAUUGUAAAACCUUGGGUAAUUUUGAGUUAUCUAUACUAUAAAGACAUAUUUGAUAUUUUCAAUGGUUUUUUUUUUUUUUUUUUUUUAUAAAAUUGUUUGAAUAAAUUGAGAAAUGCUUGAAAAUUUAUUAAUGGUGUACUUAAAUUACAAAAUAGAUUUCCUGAGUUAAAGUAAAGCUAUCCAAAGGAAUAGAUUUACUUUAUUAUAGUUUAUUAACAGCUUAAAAUGAAAUUCUGAAGUAUUUGAAAUAUACUUUUUAUUUUAGAAACUUAAGAUGUAACUAAUAUUUUUUAGUUUUGGUAUUUUUAUACUUAUAAUUUAAUUUAUUUACAUAUAUAUUUUUAGGAAGCAUCAUUAAGAGCACUUAAAGUAUCUGGCGGACGUUGUGAAGGUGCUCUAGAUUUUUUAACUAAACAACCACAAUGUGAUCUUUCCAAUGGAUGCAGUAAAUCUUCAACAGGUAAAUUUGAUUCUAACAAAAUAUAUUUUGAAUACUACAAUUAAUAUUAUAAUAUGUAUAAUAUUAUAUUUAUAGGCUUAUGUAGUAAUAACAAAUUAAUCAGAAAGUCAAGUUUAGAAAGAAGUGGAGUUGGUCCAAGGAGCAGUCCUGGCCAAGAUAGUGGUGCAGGAAGCUCAAGGUCAGAUAGCCCUAGACAACCUGAUCUAGUCAUCCACUCUCAUCCUCCUUUGUCUCGCCAAUAUUCCCCAUCUGCAUAUUCAGAAACACCACCACCUCCUCCACCUAGGAAUAAUAGUACACCUCCACCUCCUCAUGUUCCAACUCAUAUGCAACAAUUGCUUAAGCGUAUGUCGCCCGCGCCUGCUGUUCCUUCUCGACCACCCGCACCUACACCAGGAACUUCAAAUAGUUCCAAUCAAAGAGGUACUUCACCAAUGGUAGUUCAAAAUGGUCCCCAAGCACAGCAACAAUUAUCUCAACAAAUACAGGCAUUAAAUAUGACUACAGCUGAACCCCCUCCACCUUAUCCAAUAGUUGGAGCUCCACCACCACCACCAUCAUACUCUGCUUCAAUUCAAGAAUACCGAAAAUCGCCUUCCUCUGGAGUAUUUUCAAAUGCAGGGUCAUCUAGUCCUGUUUCUGGAUCAACAAAUGGAAGCAUAUCGUCAUUAACUCGACCAACACCUUUACAAGCAUGGGGAGCUAGACAAACUAAAACUCAAUCACCAAUUAUAAUGCAGUCUGUUCGAAGUACUUUAGUUCAAAAGCCUGUACUUCAAACUGCUGUUGCCCCACAAGCCCCAACACCUACUUCUCCUUCUCCAGUUCCGCCACCUUCUUAUGCAUCAUCUAUUCAACAAAAACAACAGGCUCAAAAAGCAGUUCAACAGCCUCAGCAAGCAUCAUUGUCAUCACCACCGUCUGUUGUACCAACAACUGACCCUCCUAGCUAUGCAAGUACUAUGCAAGCACUGGCUGUCCAUAAUAGAGUAAUUGCCAACCCUUUACCACCUCCCCCACCAUAUGCCGAAGAACAUCCACAUCGAAAACCUACUCCCCCAUUACCGCCUAUACCAUCAUCAUCUAUUGCUAAAAAUAAAAUAAUGAAUUGUAAUAAUCAUCAUCACUUUAAUAAUAACAAUAAUAAUAAUAACGGCAUUACUAAUGGGCAUGAUGAAGAAGAUGAUAAUCAAUCAAAAAUUGAUCACCAGUCGCCUAUUCCUGAGCGCAAACAUAUUAGUAAAGAAAAAGAAGAAGAAAGGCGAGAGUGUAAAGUCAAAAACUAUUCACCUCAAGCAUUCAAAUUCUUUAUGGAGCAACAUGUAGAAAAUGUUAUCAAGUCACACAAACAAAGAGUAUUUCGACGAGUUCAAUUAGAAACAGAAAUGGCUAAAAUAGGUUUGAGUGAAGAAGCUCAGUGCCAAAUGAGAAAAAUGUUAUCACAAAAAGAAUCUAAUUAUAUUAGGCUAAAACGAGCUAAAAUGGAUAAAUCCAUGUUUACAAAAAUUAAACCUAUUGGGGUUGGUGCUUUUGGUGAGGUCACUCUAGUGAGAAAAAUUGAUACAAAUCAUUUAUAUGCCAUGAAAACUUUGAAAAAAGCUCAAGUGCUUAAGCGUAAUCAAGUAGCCCAUGUUAAAGCUGAAAGAGACAUUUUAGCUGAAGCAGACAAUGAAUGGGUUGUCAAACUUUAUUAUUCAUUUCAAGAUAAAGAUAAUUUGUAUUUUGUUAUGGAUUAUAUACCUGGUGGAGAUUUGAUGUCAUUGUUAAUCAAGUUGGGAAUAUUUGAAGAGCAUUUGGCUAGGUAAAUAUUUCUAUUUUUAAUACAAUAUUUAUCUUUAUGGGUCAAACUAUUUAAAUAUUUUACCAAACUAAGUUAAAAAUGUUGGUUCAGAACUUGAAAAUUUGAGUUAAAGGAAUUCUAACAGAAGUAUUCGAUCUUUGGUUUGAUUUAUGUAUUUUCAUUCAUAAUAUUAAAAAUAAGUGAUUUGUUGUCCGUUUUGAGUUUAUGGUUUGGGCUUUCAUUACUAAAUAUUUUGUUAAACUUUGAUUACCUUUUGUUAUUUUGUUAAAAUCACUACUUAUUUAUAGGUUUUACAUUGCUGAAUUAACCUGUGCUGUAGAAAGUGUUCAUAAAAUGGGUUUUAUUCAUAGAGAUAUAAAACCAGAUAAUAUACUGAUCGAUAGAGAUGGUCACAUCAAACUCACUGACUUUGGAUUAUGUACUGGGUUCAGAUGGACGCAUAAUUCAAAAUAUUAUCAAGAUGGUAAAUAAUUAUUUCCACCUACAUGGUUUUUAAAAGUUAUAUGAAAUGUUAUGUUCUAAUAAAUAUGUUUUAGGUGAGCACUGUAGACAAGACUCUAUGGGAGGUGAAGAGUGGGGUGUAAAUGGUGCUGAAUGUCGUUGUCAUCAAUUAAAACCUUUGGAGAGGCGACGUCGACGAGAACAUCAAAGGUGUGAAGCCCACUCAUUGGUCGGCACACCAAAUUAUAUUGCACCAGAAGUAUUGCUUCGAACAGGCUACACACAGCUAUGUGAUUGGUGGAGUGUAGGGGUUAUACUUUAUGAAAUGUUAGUUGGAUCUCCUCCUUUUCUUGCCAAUACACCCGCAGAGACUCAAUACAAGGUAUAUAAACUAUUUUUUUAAAUGAACUUUUGUAAUAAUUAUAAUUUAUAUUUAUAGGUUAUACAUUUUGAAAGUACUUUACAAGUACCACCAUCUGCUAAUCUAUCACCAGAAGGUGCUGACCUUAUCCUAAAACUUUGUACUUGCAAAGAGCAACGUUUGGGUAAGAAUGCUGAUGAAGUGAAAGCUCAUUCAUUCUUUGAAGGUCUAGAUUUUGAGAGAGGAAUGAGACGUCAUAAUCCUCCACAUGUACCACGUAUACAGUUUUCUACUGACACGUCUAACUUUGAUCCAAUUGAUCCAGAACGUCUUCAAAACUCUGACUCUUCUGAUUCUGAUAAUCGAUUUUCUGAUUCGGAUGGUAAUCGACCAUUCCACGGAUUCUUUGAAUUUACCUUUAGGCGUUUUUUUGAUGAUGGUGGAGGACCAUCAUUUCCUACAAGGAUUAGCCUUGAUGAAAACGAUGGACAAGGCGCUGUUUAUGUUUAAUCUUAUUAGAUCCUGUAAAAAUAUUAAGUUUGCUAUACGUGUGGACAAUUAUGAAUGCUCAAUUCAAGCCAUUAAAUAGUUUAAAAAGCAUUCUUAGUAUAUACUUAUACAUAUUUAAAAAAAAAAACUUAAAAUCUACAAAAAUUUGUUUGUUAAAAAUAAAUGUUAUAAACAUGAGUACAAGAAAAACUAGUAAUAAGGUGAACAAAGAAUAGAAGUUCUUUAAAAAAUAAGAUAUUAAUUGAGACAUGUACUAAGUAUAGCUCGUUUCCAAAUUUUUUUUUUGCAUUACAUUUUUCUGUGGCAAUAAGCUCAGAUUUAUGUGUUAUGUUGCUCUUAGAACGUAAGCCUUAUUUAGUUACCAAAAUGUCCUUCGUAUUCUAAUAUUUUUAUUUUUCAGCUAUUCAUAGUUUAUUUACUCCUUUCCUAAUUUUAACACAUUUUCCUCUCCCCCUUCGACCCAAUCCCAAAUGUAUUUAUUUUUUAUAAUUCAAACUAUUUUUAAGAUAAUUUCAAAAUUUAAUGUUUUUCUUCUACUCGUAACUAUAAAAAAGAAAAUGAACCAAUUAUUUUGACAGGCUGUGCAAAAUGACAGGGUAUUAUUUUAACCUUUUAAUUUAACGAGCUUAAAAAAACGAAUUUAUUAAAUAUAUUUGUGUAUUAUAUUCAAACAAAAUUAUCUUCUAAACAGUUACCAAAUUUUAUUUAAUGAAAAUACUAAUUUACCUAUUUAUAAUUUUAAACAUUUUAAGAUACCUGCUCUCUUUAUUUCUCUCUUAUUAUUAUUAUUAUUAUUUUAUUAUUAUUAU